CCCCUCCAGCGGUCUUUUGCCGCCACUGAUUGGCCAAGGCGUUGUCGCGGCAACGGGAUGGAUGGCCGCGGGGAUGCUUUAGCGCUCCUCCAUUUCAGAGAAAAUCAACACGCCAUCCCCACCAACUUCAGUGACCACCCUAGGUAGGAUACGACACGGUACAACGCCGAACGACAACAACGACGACGACAACGGAUAAUUUUGCCCCCUUUUCUAUCAUAUAUCUCUUCCACUUCUUGUCCUCGUUUCUGAGUUCCGGGGCUUUUUCUCUCUUCACUUUGAUACCCCUCAUCAAUCGGCGCCAUGGGCUCCGACGACUUAAUCGACUUCGAGAUUAUCGAAAACCAGAAAGAAAACAUACAGGCCUUGCCAAGUGGGCGAUCAGCAAAAGCCCUCGCACAGCUAUACACACCACCCCUCUCCUCUAAACCCGGCCAGACUCCUUCGCCCGCUCAAACACAGGACGCGCACAACGAGACACGCUUGAAAUUCGAAAAGGAGUUGAUGGCUAUUGACGAUUCUGAUGAUCCGCUCGACAUCUACGAUCGUUAUGUAAAGUGGACGAUGGACGCAUAUCCCUCAGCCCAAAACACGCCGCAGUCGCAACUGUGCCCACUUCUCGAACGAGCCACCAAAGCUUUCCAGUCCUCCACCCACUACAAAGACGACCCGCGCUACCUAAGGCUUUGGCUGCACUAUAUUCGAUUCUUCUCCGAUGCUCCUCGUGAGGCUUUUGCCUACCUGGCGCGACACAACAUCGGCGACCGCUUGGCUCUAUUCUACGAAGAGUUUGCCGCCUGGCUUGAGACGGCAGGCCGGUGGACUCAAGCAGAAGAGGUAUAUAGCAUGGGAAUUGAUAAGGAAGCGCGCCCUGUAGAACGGCUGGUCCGCAAAUAUGGAGAGUUUCAGCACCGGUUCGAAAGCCGCGCACAGGAUACGCCAGAGCCCACCAGCCCCGCUCUACCUACGGUCCGUCCUGCACUUGCCGCAAAGGUCGAUCCCUUCUCUCACGCAGCAGCUGGACCCAUGGACACGCAGGCUCAGAGUCGAGCUCGCACCGGAGGAGCAGCCACUCAAAAAUCCGGCAAGGCAAAGCUUGCCAUUUUCUCAGAUGCAGACGAACCGCCGAAGCCUGGCUCUAGCGGUAGUACAAAGGGGUGGGACAACAUUGGGUCCCUAGGCGAUCGAAAGAAAGAGAAUACCACUGAAGCACGAUCCUGGGUAGGGGAGACCCUGAAGGUUGGAAAGAAGAACACUGGUGUGCAGAAGCUGAUGAUAUUCAAGGACGAGAACGAAUCAAAUUCUAAUUCAGAACCCACCACCCUCCACCCUUUGCGUGAACACCAGCAGGCGAUGAAUCCAAAAACAGGCAGAUUAGAGGUUGUUUUCGUAGAUCUGCUAAAAGUCUACCCUAACCAUGAGAAUCCCUUAUCCGAGGAGUACUCUUUCGAAGAGCUGCGAGCUAAGCACCGUGGCUGGCUUGAGAAAGAUUGGGCUGCCAUCAGACGCGAAGAGGAAAAACAAUCAAUGGAGCUGAUAGACAUCUCAGCGCCCCAGGCAACUAAGCCCGAAGCAUCGCCUUUAGCACCCAGUCAGAAACCAGAAGAGCCGCCAAGACAACAGACUGUUCCACUCAAAGGGAGUAUAGAUGACGAAAAUAACAUAAAUGAUGAGAAUGCGCCCCCGUCGCAGCUUGAAACAGAGAAAGCGCGAGCAGCCAAGAAACAGCGCAGGGAAGAUCGCGCCAAUCGCACGAGGAAAAUCAAGGUAAUGGACGUCAAGGAGAUACGUGGAGAGACACAGACCAUCCAAACGAAUCUCGACUCGCCCACUGGCCGGAAAGUCAGACGGAAGAAAGGCAGUAGAGAGAAAACUGUGACUAUCCAUACGAAAGAAGCCAUGGACGAGAUCUAUGACAUCUUCAACCAGCCACUACAAGAUGCCAAAGAGUUGGAUGCGGUAGCUGAAAGUGAGGAGGAGAGUAGCGAAGAAAGUAGUGAUGGCGAAGAAGAAGAUGACGAUGAAGAUGAUUAUACCAGUGCGGGCGAGAGCACUGGAACAGGUCGGUUAUCGUGUGUGAAUAGUGAGUUCGGAGACGAAACUACAGCAGGGGAUUUCACUCUCGGAACAACUGUAGGCGACAAUGACGAUAGCGGGUCGGAGGCAGAUGACACGGAUGGAAAGAGCGUAUCGGGUGCCUGGUCCGAUUUCACCGAAAUCAAACAUGACUCUGAAGAGCAUGAGCCCCAGCUUUCGGAUGCCGAGCAAGAGUCUGACGGGGAAUCUCUCACCGCGAUACCUCACGAACAGACAGGAGAUCAUAGCCCGGAGGCCGUAACGCCUACCUCUCCAGCAGCAUCAUCCAAUUCGCUUCCUACUCGAUUUGUACCGGUACCUCCAGAAGACUAUGAAGUACCUACCCGGCCAUAUCGUGAUCCUGCCAUAGCGGCUAACAACCGCCUACCGUUCAUGACACCCAUCGUUGAGAAAACCGAAUCCUCUCUCGGAAUUGCAACUGCCCUCGCUCAGAAGGAAUAUAUCUCAGCCAAGACCCCAUCCCGGUCAAAAGGCGCACCUGCUAUCCUUGAAGAUGACAACGAGCUAUGGAGUAGCCCUCUCCAGGAAGUUUUGGGGAAACCCAUCGAGGGAAAAGAAAAAUUGUCUAAGCUGGCUCUGCGUGAAGUAAAGACUGGACUCGAAUUGAAACCAGCAGCGGCACUCAAAAAGGAUGACAACAAUCACGGUGUGAAGCCGAAAGGACCCAUCAUCAAGGACUUACAAUGUAAUCCCGUCGACGAAGGGAUCCGAGAGGCAAUAUUGCGCGAAAUUCAGCCACCACUAUCGUCGUACGAGGGGUAUUUUGCCGACACUCAGAGGAUCUAUGGGAAAGGGGCGGAAAUCCGAAAGUACACAAAAGCUGUGGGCAAGGCGAAUGGCCGCAACUCAAGCGAGAAAACGACAACCAAACUAUCCAUUCCACCUACCCUUGUGUUUGAAACCUCCGACAGGAUGUACACGGUGAAAAAGGAAUUGGGAAAGGGCGCUUUUGCCCCGGUCUACCUUGCCGAAAGCACUGAAACAGACGAGCAAGAUGAAAAUGCCCCUGCUGUCAUGGGUAAGGGAGAAUUUGGCCUCCAGCGUCGUUCCCUAGAGGCCAUCAAGAUGGAGGAGCCACCAUCCCCAUGGGAGUUUUAUAUGAUGCGCCAGACCAAGCGGCGCCUCGGUGUAUCCAGACCAGUCGAAUCGAUCGUCCACGCCUACGAAAUGCACAUGUUCAAAGACGAAUGCUAUCUCAUCGAGGAGUUCCGAGACCAGGGUACUCUCCUUGACCUGGUCAAUAUUGCGCAGGCCGAAAGCGGGGUCAUGGACGAGCAUCUGGCUAUGUUUUUCACGAUCGAGCUGUUCCGCACGGUUGAGGCAAUGCAUGCAAAGGGGCUGAUCCAUGGCGAUCUCAAGUCCGAUAACAUCCUGGUCCGUUUCGAUGCAGUCCCAAAGGAUGGUGUAUGGGAUUCACAAUACAAAAUCGAUGGUAGUGCCGGCUGGGCCUCUAAAGGUGUGGCCUUGAUCGACUUCGGUCGCGGGAUCGAUAUGAAGGCCUUCAUGCCAAACGUACAAUUCAUUGCGGACUGGCCGACCACCGAAGCCGACUGCGCUGAGAUGCGAGAGCUCCGCCCCUGGACGUAUCAAAUUGAUUAUCACGGUCUCGCAGGUAUACUUCACAAUCUGCUAUUCGGAAAGUAUAUUUCGACACUAGCGGAACGCGCAGCCAACUUGGGUGCCGGUGCAACCAAGACCUACCGCAUCAAGGAGAGUUUGAAAAGAUACUGGCAGACAGACAUCUGGCAAGAAGCUUUCCAUUUACUCUUGAAUCCGCUCAUGCAUUUGAGUGGAGAGGAGGGUAGCAAGAUGCCUGUGUUGAGAGGCAUGAAGGAGGUCAGAGAGAAGAUGGAGAUGCAUCUGGAAAGCAACUGCGAGAAGGGGGUUGGCUUGAAGGCUCUGAUCAGGAGGAUGGAGGAUGCCAUGAAGAAGAGAUGAGAGAUGUAUUGUGACGACAACUAUGAUGUUUACGAGUUUCGUUUUUUGGCAUUGGAUUGGCGUCGAGCAUUGCAUUUCUAGGUGUU